UAGUUUUAGACUUCCAUCAUCCAGAUCUGUACCUAUAAUAAUGGUGGGAAGUGGAACAGGUAUUGCGCCAUUUCGAUCUUUUUGGCAACAAAGACAAUAUGAUAUAUUGCAUCAUAAUGAAGUAGAAUUUGGCGAAACGUUUUUAUUCUACGGCUGUCGAAAUAAAUUUGAAAAUAUUUAUAGUAGAGAAUUAGAAGAUGCGAAAUCUCAAGGCGCUUUAACUGGAGUGUUUGUAGGGUGUUCAAGACUACCUGUAGGCUCAAAGACAUACGUUCAAAAUUUAAUAAAACUUAAUUCAAAGUUGGUGCUAGAGAAUUUAUGGAAAAAGCAAGGUCAUAUUUACAUCUGCGGCAAUGCUACAAUGGCAUCGGAUGUUCAAAACACUAUAAUAAAUAUCUUGAUGGAAAGUUUAAAGUGUAGUGAACAUGAUUGCAAGCAAUUGAUAUAUGAGUUAAAGAAAAACGGACGUUACCAUGAAGAUGUAUUUGGGGUUACGCUAAAUAUUGUUCAUAUCAAUCAACUUAUUAAGUCGCUUUCCGGAGUUUGUCACAUUUUGUUAGAUUUGUUUGAUCUCCUUUGUAAUAUAAUAAAAAAAAAGUUUUUAUAAAAAUAUAUUAGCAA